CACCAUUUCGUCAUUCUUUUUGCUCUACUGGGGUUUUUCGCUAGCGUUAAAUUGAAGGCUUGGUGGUUUAGGGUUUCUGAGACCCAGCACCAGCAGAGCGGCGACGCCAUCAUCAUCGUCAUCUUUCUUUCGCCAUGGUUCUCAAGACUGAGCUUUGCCGCUUCAGUGGUGCCAAGAUUUACCCUGGCAAGGGUAUCAGAUUUAUUCGAUCUGAUUCUCAGGUUUUCCUCUUUGCCAAUUCAAAAUGCAAGAGGUAUUUCCACAACCGCCUGAAGCCUUCAAAGCUUACUUGGACAGCCAUGUACAGGAAACAACACAAGAAGGACAUUUCUGCUGAGGCUGUUAAGAAGAAGCGCAGAACCACCAAGAAGCCAUACUCACGGUCUAUUGUUGGUGCCACCUUGGAAGUGAUACAGAAGAGGAGAACUGAGAAGCCAGAGGUUCGAGAUGCUGCUCGUGAAGCUGCUUUGCGUGAAAUCAAGGAGAGGAUCAAGAAAACCAAGGAUGAGAAAAAGGCAAAGAAAGCUGAGGUGAUGGCCAAGACACAGAAGACCCAAGGCAAGAGCAAUGUGGGCAAGGGUGCUGCACCGAAGGGACCCAAGCUUGGUGGUGGCGGCGGAAAGCGAUGAUUUCCUUAAAUCUUUAAUUUCCUCGUCAUUAAGUAGCUUAAAGAAUUCAAAAUUUUUCAUUUCCUUAUUCAUGUAUGGAUACUUUAUUGAUCUUGUAGUCCAACCUUUCGUGAUUUUUUUCUGAUGAUGUUGUGUUGGGAGAAUUACUUCUGCUAUUUAUUUCAAAGUUCUUUUUGAGUGAUGA